AUGCAACAUGAAUAUCAAAUAAAAAUAAGGUAUCUACAAGAAUUUACUGCUUUAGGAACUGCUGGUGGAAUGUAUCAUUUUCGAGAUUUUAUUCGGGGAGGAUCUCCAGAAGCUUUCUUUAUUUUAAAUGGUGAUGUUUGUGCUGAUUUUCCAUUACAGAAAUUACUUGAAUUUCAUAAGAAACAAAAUAAUGCAUUAGCAACAAUUAUGGGAACUGAAGCUACCAAAGAGCAAGCAAUUAAUUACGGCUGUCUUGUAAUGGAUAAAUUCGGAAAAGUGUUUGAACUCAACGACAGAUUAAAUAAAAAUGCAAGUGGAUCACAAAGAACAGUUGAACAAUCACGUACAAGAAAUGAUGGAAUACCGUCAAAUCCAAAUGUUUUAGAAUUUUUCAAACUUGCUAUUGCAACUUGCACACAACUAGAAUCAAUCUUCUCAAUAUCAACCAUUACUCUAUUGUUAUGA